CCACCGUCGCUCUGGAACACGGACCAAUAUCAAAAUAUUCAUCGCCUAUCCCUGGUCUCAUUUAUCAACUCUGUUACAAACCUUGUGCCGUAGAAUUUUGAUGGGCCGCAUUUACCACUUUGGCGACGUGUUCCGAUCGUUGUUCCUCCAUAAAUACUUCCCCCGUGUGUUGCAAUGUUGAAGUGCAUCAACAGAGACAGUCUUCCCCUUCCAUUCCUUACUUGAACCACUCACUUGCGCAAUCGUCUCCAAAUGUUUCGCUUUUGGAACGCUAUUUUCAUGCUGGGCUUAUCGUUCCUACCCCUAUUUGCUUUGGCCGGCGGCGAGUCCAAGGCGUCAGGAUUCCAGCAGUGCGAGAUUGUCGCUCUUUACUGGGAAUUCGGUGUGGAGCCAUUCGAUGUCUCCAUAACGGACCAAACCGGCCGUAGAAUAUCUCACCACACGGUGCAACAGCGGGCCUUUAACUGGACUGUAACUUCCAAUCCAGGCACUCAAGUUAAAUUUACUGUUACCGAUGUGAAGGGGUCCUCCACUUCAGGUGGACCAUACAACGUCAUUCGAGGAAUAACGAAUUGCUUGCACGGCACCCCUCGGAGGUCGCCUCGUCUGCUUCCUGGUGACGCUGCCUUCGCAAAUGGACAUGAAGCCGAAGGCCGCAGCCUCCCUGGAGUAAUACAUUUGGGUCUUGGGGAGUACGUAGGUUCUAUAAGCGUCUAUUCUUUCAACUCAUUAUUGCCUCAGACUCACGAAAGUGUCUCGCAAAUCGGACUCACACGAACAUCACGUAGCCCAGCGCCUGGACAUGCACCGUUGAUAGCAUCCCCGCUAGCGGGGCUGGUCUCAUGUCAUUGCUUGACAACCACACCGGCUAACAUCCACUGAGAGAUCAUACUGAUGCUUUUUUAUUGCUUCGCAUAUCGUUGAUCCGAUUAUUUGUAUAUUCGCGGCACGGCGCUCUCUCUUUGACUUGCGUUUAAUUUCAAUCGUUUACUGUAUCGUGGUCGCCACUGGAUUGAAGCCCCCGAGGAAAAUUGCUACAUUGGCUUGAUACCACACACACGC